UUAGGUUGGAGUGCAAAGGAGGAUUCCGCAAAGGCAAGGCUUGUCGAAGAUAUCCGUGCGGCUGUGCCUCUGUGUGUCCCGGGGAACGAGAGGAGGAGACAGGUCCAUACUGAGUUCCCAUCUUCAGAGGAUCCUUUGAGGAUCCGCAGCUUGCGUGAGCCAAGGCUUGGCUCAGAAUGGCUAGAAAGCCACAGGCGAGCGCAGCCCUAAUCGCUCCAUCGGCAGAAGAGGGGGGUGGGCUUCUGGUGGUGAAGGUGGAACAGGAAGAGGUCUCCUCCUUGGCAGAGGAGGCCAGUUGGCUGGGCUUCCCAGCAUCCGACCGCUCCCGCCAGCGCUUCCGCGCUUUCCGCUACCCAGAGGCUGCUGGACCCCGGCAGGCGCUGAGCCGGCUCCGAGAGCUCUGCAGACAAUGGCUGCGGCCAGAUAUGCACAGCAAAGAGCAGAUUCUGGAGCUGCUGGUGCUGGAGCAGUUCCUGACCAUCCUGCCAGGGGAGCUGCAGGCCUGGGUGCGCGAGCAGCACCCCGACAGUGGGGAGGAGGUGGUGGCGCUGUUGGAGUACUUGGAGAGGCAGCUGGACGAGACGCCUCCACAGGUCCCAAACGGUGAAUGGAGUCGAGAACGUCUCUGCUGCAAGGGGGCAUUGUUGAAGCCAUCCCAGGAUUCACAAAGUAGCCACUCCCAGCCAAGGAAGAGUCCGCUCAAGCAUUCAUCUCAGGAAUCUUCAGAGCAUUCACCCUUACAAAAAAGAGGUCUGAAAAUGAAGACUGAAACCAGAGGCUUGCCUCCAGUUGAGAAGUACACAGAACAAAAGCCCCAGCAGCCAGUGAGCGUCCUGGCUGGAGACACCGCUCAGAUUCCUGCAGGCGCAGAGGCCAGUGAGCAGGAAGGCAAGUUACAGGCAACACAGAAGGGCGCCGCAAGGAACAGGCGACACUAUUGCCAUGAAUGUGGGAAGAGUUUUGCUCAAAGUUCAGGCCUGACCAAACACAAGAGAAUCCACACUGGAGAGAAGCCCUACGAGUGUGAAGACUGUGGGAAGACCUUCAUUGGGAGCUCUGCCCUUGUCAUUCAUCAGCGGGUUCACACUGGUGAGAAGCCAUAUGAGUGUGAAGAAUGUGGCAAGGUCUUCAGUCACAGCUCAAACCUCAUCAAGCACCAGCGAACCCACACCGGGGAAAAGCCCUACGAGUGUGAUGACUGUGGGAAGACCUUCACGCAGAGCUGCAGCCUCCUUGAGCAUCACAAAAUUCACACCGGGGAGAAGCCGUUCCAGUGCAACUUGUGUGGCAAAGCCUUUAGGCGUAGCUCACAUCUCCUGAGACAUCAGAGGAUCCAUGGGGAUAAAACUGCUCCCAGGUCUUUGUGUAGAGAGGUUUGGAGAGGUCAGAGUAAGGUGGAAAGCCGGCGGGAUGGUACUGAAGCUCCCGUGAUUCACCAGUGCAAUGAGUGUGAGAGAAGCUUCAUUCAGAAUCGAAGUCUUAUCGAACAUAAAAAAAUCCACACUGGCGAGAAGCCCUACCAGUGUAACACAUGUGGAAAAGGCUUUACCCGAACUUCAUACCUUGUUCAACAUCAGAGAAGCCACGUGGGGAAAAAUUGCAUCACAGUGACCUGUACCAUCCCUGCCAGAGUUGGUACUCACUUGUCAGCGAGCUGAAGGCACUCUGGAGCCGUUGCUGACUGCAGAAGGGAGGAUGUUGCCCAUACACACCAGCUAGUGUUAGAUGGUAUAACCUGGCUGAGGUGAAUUAUCUUUUCUGUUCUGAAAGUAACUAGAAUAAGACUUGCUAAUAAGGAGACACGGGAGCGUUCUCUGGAUGAGGGGGCACUGGAGUCUCUUGUUCCCACUCUGUGGAUCUACAAGGUCUUCCAGAACAGUUGCCCUUAGCUAGCACAUUUUUCUCCUGGAUGGAUGGUUCCAGAUUUUGGGGGCAGACUCUUUGUACCAUUUGCUUGUCAACAUGACUCUUUGAUGUUUUGGUCAGAUUUCUGAGGUCCUGGCCCUCCUGUUGUGCCUUGUGUUAGUGGAUAUUUACUACAGAGACUGAGGAAAUGACCAUCAAAUAUCUGAAAAUCUAUGUCUAGAUUGCUGAAGAAACUCUCACGGGAUGUUUGUGUUUGCAUCUAAUUUCCUAAGGUUCUAGACUCUGAGUCAGUCCUACAGUUUUCAUGCUAAGUACAUAAUAUUACAGAAUUUGACUUGGUGAUGCCAUAUAUCUUCAUGGGGAUAAAGAGUAUAGUAAGAAUGCUUCCAACAUCUUCUGAAGGCACAGGGAGACUUCCCUGUCUGUAAAACUCCAUUAGUGCACACUCAUGAAGCAUUUAGUUUUUCACUUUUUACAGUGAACGUUUUCAGUCAGGCAAAUAAAUAGCAAUCCUAUCUUCAUAGGGCAAAAUAGUUAGAAUUUCCAUUGCUGUGAAAGACACCAUGGCAGAAAGCAACCUCGGGUGGGUGGCUGCCAGUUUAUUUCAACUUAGAAUCAUUUGUUAUUCUCCAUCCCUGAAGGAAGUCAGGGCUGGGGCACUGAAGCAGAGACCAUGGAAGAGUGCUGCCUGCUGUCUUGCUCCUAAUGGCGUUCUCAUGCUGCUGCAUUUUAGUACCCAGGACCACCAGCCCUGUGGUGGCACCACCCACGGUGAGCUGGGCCUCUGACAGCAAUCAUCAUUCAAGAAAAUACCCCCUAGGCUUGCACUACAGGCCAGACCGGUAGCAGCAUUUUAUAGGUUGAGGUGCCUUUUUUCCAAAUGUGUUGAGCUGACAUAAAACCAGCCAGCCCUACGAAUGAUGAUACAGUUGAUGUCAGUUCUGUACUGCUCGAUGUGUGUUACUUUUCUCAGGGCUGUGAGAAAAAACCUGAGAAAAACAAUUUAAGGAGGAAAUGACUUAUUUGGGUUCAUGGUUUGAACGGAUACAAUAUGGUGAAGUAGGCAUGAGAGCAGAAACGUGAAUACAGCUGGUCGCACUCUGACUGAAGACAGGAAGCAGAGAUCAAUACCGAUGUUCUGCUGUCUUCCACUUUUCCCCUUUUAAUUCAUUUCUGGACCUCGGGCCUGGAGAUGGUGCUGCCCACAUUCAGGCUGGGUCUUCUCUCCUGGAUGAAAGCUCUCUGGAUUUGCUCUCACAGACUUGCCUGAGCUGUGUCUCCUAGGGGAUUUAAAAUCCAGUCAAGUUAACAAUGAAAAUAGAUGAUCACACUCAACAUCUUGUUUCCAUACCUUGAGCCUAGCCAAUUUUAGCACACAUUGGGUAUCCCUCUCCUCUUUGUAUCAAACUCACUCAAGACUUGUGCCAGCUAACCAAACUUCCGCCAGGUCAGAAGCUUCAAAUCAAAUAGUCAUCAUUAUUAUUUAUGCCUUCAAAACUGCCCUAUGGGUUGAAAGUAGAAGAACAGUAAGUGAUGGGUGAGGUGUAUUAACCCCAGUGGAGAAAACAUGUCUGCUAGGAAGCAGGUUGAGAAUCUUGGAUGGAAAGUGCUCACAGGCAAACCUGGGCAGUCAGGGCUCAGUGCAGUGAGUUGAUCAUAAGAAGUAAGUUUCUUUUAAAUGAUAACUCAAAUAGUUCAGUCCAAUCAUCUGUGGUUUUCUUCUUAUACCUCAGAAGACGGUGUCAGUCAUUUGUGAAAUGACAUCAGACUUUAGUAAGUUAUCAGCAUGCUGUUCUUGUUUGCUCAAAAACAGUACCUGUUUUUGAAUUUCUGCUUUGAAGUCUCUGGCUUCAAAACUUAAAGACUCUCCCUUUAAUAAUUCCCUAUAAUCUUCCAUUGCCUUCAUUUCUGUCUUAUUAAAAUUAACUUAGCCUUCCAAACCUUUUUAGACUUAUCCAUGGAAUCUUCUAGCAUUUAAUUUUCUUACUUAUACUAGCUUCAUGAAGCUACUAGGCAGUUUCUCUUCUCCUUCAAUAUUUUUCCAGGUCCACCUGUUUAAAGCCAAGUUGAGACAUGAUAUAAAAGUCAAGCAGAUUUAAAUAAGUUAUGUGACAAUAAAAUACUUUUAAAAAUAUUUGCUUAUAGCCCUGAAACUUCAAAAUUCUUUAUGGGCUUCUUGGCUUACUUUUCUUUGGUCUUUAAUUUGCUUGGCUAUUGCUUGAAUGUUUGUGAAGGCCUUUUACAAAUCAGGAAACUAUGUGACUUCCAUUAACAAAGAAGCCCUUUGCUUCUUUGAGGCAUUUGACCCCAAAGCCUUUCUGCCGAAGAGGGAGAUAUAGAAAAGUGUUUUUAGAGCCCACUAUUCCAGACACUGGAAUGGACUUAUAAAGCACACAAACACAAAAAAAUGCUACUUUGCAUGUUUUACUAAAUAAUUUUUAGGAAUUUUGUGUUGACUAGUUGACUCUUCCAACUGAAGUGAGACAACCUAUCUAUUUUCUUCUGUUCCUUUCUUUCUCUAUUUAUUUAUUUAUUUAUUCAUUCAUUCAUUUAUUUAUUAUCUGUUUGUCUGUCUGUUUGUUUGUUUACUUAUUUAUCCAUUCAUUCAUUUAUUUAUUAUCGGUUUGUCUGUCUGUUUGUUUACUUAUUUAUUUAUCCAUUUAUUCAUUUAUUUAUUAUCUGUUUGUCUGUCUGUUUGUUUGUUUACUUAUUUAGAAUCUGGUCCUUUCGUGUGGCCCUGGCUAGCCAGGAACUCACUAUGUAGACCAGACUGGCAUUGAACUUACCGAGAUCUGAGUACUUGGAUUAAAUGAAUGUACUUCAAUGCCUGAAUGUGUAGCAAGCUUUCUUGUUGAACUAUCUUUGGAUUGCCAGCUCCCAAAUAACAACGUGGAGACUUAUCAUUAAUUAUAAAAGCUUGGCCUUUACCUUAGGCUUGUUUCCAACUAGCUCUUGUAACAACUUAUAUUUUUUAGUAUAUAGUCUGCCGUGUAGGAGAGUUACCUCUCCUUGGUAUGGUCUGAUGUGGUCCCAGUCUGCAGGCAAAAUCUAUGCACCUGGAUUUUUCCUCUUUUCUCUCUCCCUGGAAAUCCUGCCUAUCCUCUCCUGCUACCUAUGGCCACUCAGCUCCUUAAAAAAAUCAAUGAGAAGGCACCUUGGCAAAGUCAUAUCUUCACAGUGUACAAAAAGAUUAUCCCACAACAUGAACUAACUUAUCCAUUUUUCUGUCUCCUAUUUGAGUAAGAAAUUGGCUAUGGGCCGGGCGGUGGUGGCGCACGCCUUUAAUCCCAACACUCGGGAGGCAGAGGCAGGCGGAUCUCUGGGAGUUCGAGGCCAGCCUGGUCUACAAGAGCUAGUUCCAGGAGAGGCUCCAAAGCUACAGAGAAACCCUGUCUCAAAAAUCAAAAAAAAAAAAAAGAAAGAAAGAAAUUGGUUAUGGUACUUUCCCUACUCAGGUAGAAUGGUAAAAACUUUCAGUGAGUGGCCCUUCUAAAUUUCUUCUUUUUCUCAUUUAAAAUUGUUUUCUAGUGCUGGGAUUUAGCCAAGGAACAUAAGUAUCUGAAGUGUUCUACUACUGAGCUGUCCUCAUGUCUCUUUUUGCUUUUUAUUUUGACGUUAGACCACACUUCUUAUCAAGUUGGCCAGGCAGGCCUUGAAUUGGCUCCUAUAGCCCACGCUGGCCUUGAACUCACUUUGUAUCUCAGGUUGGCCUUGAACUAUUGAUCCACCUUCCUCAACCUCUGUAGCUGGAAUUGUAGAUUGAAUUGAUAUCACCAGGCCCAGCUAGAUUUCUUCUUUAUCUUGGCAAGGAAUGGGUAUUACUGUAAAAGGUUUUCUCUGCCUCUUCCUUUACUGGAAAAUAGAAAUAGGGUUCAUAAUUUACCUCUUAAGAUUGUGAGCAUAUGCUUAUAUGAGCAAGAAGUGUUAUGUGAAUACUCUGGAAAUGCAUACAGGAGAUUAAACAUUUUGUUAUCUAAAAUCUCAACGAGAAGUUUGUUAAUUGUAAAGAUUGUGUUUAUAGGUUUCUUACAGUUUUGGGAUGUGUUGCUCUCCUUCAAUCCAAUCUGUGCCAUCAUCUUUCUAAAGAUCAAUAAGGACUUCAUCCACCAAGAAACUUAGGCAACGACUUUGUCUUUUAAUUCAUCUUUGUUUUCUCAUGACAGUCAAAAGUAAAUUCAACAGAUUCAUCUGAGCAAAGUUUUUUUUUUUAGUCAGCUUUAUGUUUUGUCUGCACAUUUCAAUAAUUUCUACCACAGAAACUUGUUCCAGAUGACUUGUUUUAUUGUGAGUUUUAUGUGUCUGUGAUAGAAUACUCUGACUAAAGCAGCUUAUGGAAGAAAAGGUUUGUCUGGCUUUCAAUUAAUUCCAGGCUACAGCUUGUCAUUGUGGAGAGCUCAGGGUG